AUGCAUGCACAUGUUCUUUCAGAGGAAACCACAGUGCCUUGGUACGAAGAGUAUGAUUAUGCAGACUUGGCAGCUAAACAACUCAAGGAGGAGGCAGAGAAAGCUCGUAAGGAAAAGGAGGAAAAAGUGAAGCGGCUGGAGGAAGAAGUGGAGGAGGGAGAGGAGGAGAGGCUGAGGAAGAUCCCAGUACAUGCCGAACCCAAGAAAUGCCCUCCUCUAGGUCUGGAGUCCCAUCGUGUUGACGAUGACCAGCUGCUGGCCUCUUCUCAGUCUCACCACGGCUUCUCUGCUCAGCGGGGCAGGCUCAACAUGCAGAGCUCUGGUAAUGAGGAGGGUGUGUACGGGGGUGCGUGGUGUGCUGAGCCAGAGGAGAAGAACCACUGGUUUGAGGUGGACGCUCGCAGAGAGGUGGAGUUCACUGGAGUCAUGUACAGGGCAGGAACUCAGACACAGCGUAAGUCCUGCUGCCUGGUGUCACUGCACUGGGAUCACUGCACUGUGGUCACUGCACUGUUCACACAGCCAGGACCAGGUGGAAUCCCCAUUAACCUGCACAAUUGA